ACUCCUUUGAUGACGUCAUUACACUCUUUGCGUCUGUCAAAGCGUGAAGAUCCGAAAUAUACUAACAUAUUGUCAGUAAAACGCACGUUUCGCAAUCAAAUUAAACGCGCGAACGUUUAUAAUCGUUAAUUUGUUUAGUUAAUUGUUCGUUCGUUAUGUUAUUGUGAACUUUACGUGCUUGGAUUAUCCAAAUAUGUCGCAUCUACUUGAUUACUUGUGCAAAUCGUCCUCCGUUGAAACGGAGGAUUACAGUUCAUUAACCAGUUUCCAAGAAGAUAUGGAAAAUUUAGAUUUACCCAUAACUGAGGAUAAAGAAUUAAUGAGCUCGGAAUUUUUUGAUUCGGUUUUUUGGAUGGAACAACAAAAUUUGGAAAAUAUUGGAAUUGACAGUAACUUUGUUAAUAAUAUAUGUUCGGAUUUUGAUGCACAAUCAUCUCCUCGAUCCUCAGAAAGUGGAGAUAGCGUAACUUUGGGAUCAGAUUCAAGUGGAAGUAUAAAGCAAGAUGAAAUUAUGAAUAUUAAUCAAGUUUUCUCAUUGGAAAGUCAUGAUAUCCAAGAAUUUAAUAAACCAGAACCUGAAAAAAUCGUUUAUAACACACAACCAGCUAAAUUUGUUCUGCAACCUAACACGAAAAGGGUUUUGUUCACCAAACCUAUAAACACUGCCAUUAAUAAUAAAGGAAUACAAAAACCAAAGCAACAAUUGAUUCGAGUUCAAUCUCUUAAUGGAAAUAGACCGCCGUUAUUAUUACCUGUUAAUGUAAAAAAUGUGAAAAAAUUCAAAAUUAUUAACGCAAAUGACUUGAAAAUGGAAAAUAUUAAAGUUACCACCUCUGCUAAUGCUUUCUUAAAAAAGCAACAUAUUGAAAAAAUUACAGAAAGUACAGAUGAUGAAGAUCAAGAUCACCACCCGCAAGAUUCUCGUUACCCUCCACUAAAUUUAACCAGCGAAGAAAAACGCCUUCUCAUGAAAGAAGGUAUAAAACUUCCCAGUCAUUACCCAUUAACGAAAAAUGAAGAAAAAGAAUUAAAACGUAUCCGAAGAAAAAUUCGUAACAAAAUUUCCGCCCAAGAUUCGCGAAAACGUAAGAAGGAAUACGUCGAUAAACUCGAAGAAAAAGCAAAACGCACCACGGAAGAAAACGAAUUUUUAAAGAAACGUAUCAAGUUACUUCGAAAACAAAACAGCAAACUCAUGGAGCAAAUGCGUAAACUUCAAGCAGUUCUUUUUAAUACAACAUCCACAAAAGCUGCACCAACAACUUGCUUGAUGAUCGUUUUGUUUUCAACGUUGUUAGUUUGUUUGCCUAAUUUGCGUUUAUCCGAAAAACAAGAAUUAGGUGAACAACAAUUAUUCGCUGCUCGUCGAGCUUUGCUUUUUAAUCAAAAAGCAAAUAACGAGGAAGACGUUAACAUGGACGAAUUUCUCGUUUUUAAUAAAGACGAUGAAGUUGAAAUUGAUAACUUCGUUGAAGAUGAAUCGGAAAACGCAACGGAAAAUGAUUUCAAUAACUUUUUAAGUGAAUUAACGAAAAGGUAUGCGAAUUUACCCCAGGAGAAAAAUUGUUCGGAAAUGAAUAUCAACGGAAAUAUGGCUGAAUUUUGCCGCAAAUACGACGGUGAAAUAAAAAGCGUUAUUCAUAGUAUGAAAGAAUUUUUAGAAGGUGAAGCGGUACCGAAACAAAAAGGUUUUAUUGAACCGGAUAUUUCCGAUGAUGAUGAAGAUUACGGUAAAGAUAUUAAUAGAAAUUUAAUUAAAGAAGAGCCACCUUCGAAAAGGAUUAAAUUAAGCGUUUCCGAUGUUAUCUAUCAGGAGAAAGCUUCGGAUCAAGAUUUACUGUUGAAUUUUAUGGAUAGAAAACAAGAAUGAUGAGGGUUUUUUAUUAUUAUUUUCUGUUUAUUUUCUGAUUGUUCCAUUUAAAUAAUAGAAAGAGUUUAUUUUUAUUUUUUAAACUAUAUAUUAAUAUAUUACUGCUUAUUAUUGCUUUAGGGUUAGGUUAGAUUCCGUUUCUUUUCGUUUGUUCGAUGUUCCAAUGUAUUUUAACCUUAUUAGCUUUAUUUUAAUAAUGAUUAGAAACAAUUAUAGUUCACUCUAAUCGUUACUAAACAUUAUUAAAAUAAAUUUAUCAACAAUUUUUUUCAAUUAACUUGCACGUGAUCAUUACAAACCGUACUUUUCCAAAUAACAUGAUGUAAGUAGUCUGUUUUCUUCAUUUCCUUGAGAGUUAUUUAAAAAAAAAAAACGUCGCUUUUAAUGUGUAAUAACUAUAUUUAAUAUAAAAAGAAACGCUAUAACACGAGAUUAUAUUCUAUACAUAAAAUAAAUAAAUAUAUAAUUAUUGUUUCAAAGGGCUACAAAAAUAAUAUAUAUGUAUAUGCAGAGACCACUGAUAAAGUGUGAAUGGAUGUAGAAAUUUCGAAUGAACUUUACCGUUCGUUUUUAAUAUACUGGUUUUCUUAUAUAAAUUACUGAAAGGAA